CAAAAUGUGUAGAAGUUGUUUAAAAACUCGUUUAGAAAUGGUUGCCGCGCUCACGGUUUGCCCGCCUUCUUUUUCUCAAUUGAAUCGAGUAGACUCUUGUAUCCAUGAAUUUGUUUGUGCUGCACUUUUAAGACAAACACUUGUUUGCAUUGUCUGCAGUAAACCGUCGCCGAACAUUGUCCCUUCGCCAGCCAUCUUCCUCCUCGCUGGCCAGGUUAAAACGCUGCCUCGCCUUUAGCGCUAACAGUCGCCGCAAAUCAUCUACAGCUCUGUGGACAGCACAGAGCUUAACUCUGUAAAAGAAUGGAAGGCGUCCACGUGGUGUAUGAUAACCGGCGAGUCCACAGGAUUGAUUACAGGGGCAAUGAGGCUUGGUCCUACAAACAUGCUCGGAAGCGCAAGACAAUCAAAGUCUCCGAACAGAACCCAGAGAUUAUCCGACACAUCAAGGACCGUCUCUACAAGACAGCCCACAAAAACAAAGGCUUCCUUGGAUCCCAUGAUCGUGGAAUGAGAUUCGUUACUCGUGCUCAAUUUGACAACAUCAUCACACCCGAGGCUGUUCUUCAGGUAGUCGCCAAGCUGGCGUGUUGCCAAGGCUUGACAGCAAGGGACCAUAUGCAAAUUGCCCAAGAUAUCUACUGGGGCACAGAAGAUGGACGCCGCUCGCCCUGUUGCCGACUCCUUGCUUCUCUCAUCGGGACCGGGAAUUCAGAGGCACUCGGCAGCAUCAAAACACUGAUCGAUGAAGGCCUCAGUGACACCUGUCUUCCCCUCCUAAUUAAGGAAGUCAUGGAGGAGGACACGCUGAUAUGUGCUCACCAUGAACACCAACAUGCCUCCAUAAACGACAUGGACCUGGAGUCUCGAGAGAUUUUCACUGCCCUCUGUCGAUCCUUUUCAAAAGAUGGCGGGAAGCAUUGUCACUACGUCUUGAAAGGCGGCGGCCCUCUUCCUAUGAGAGGGCCACUUCCAAUGGAGAAAAACGACAAGAUGAAUGAGGAAGGAGACUUUGGUGAGGUCUUCAAAGUUGAGAUUGACCCAGGCGACAGGGACUUCGACCCAGAGCAUGGUGACUCGAAUGGCACUUCUCGUGCGGACGAGUUCGACCUGUCAUUGAUCUUCGCCGAGAGUCGAGCUUUGAAGGUACCAGGCCCGGAUGAUAAUGGGCAAACGAAAAAGCACUUGAUCCAGCCACUUGCAACAUUCGAGGUGUACGAUUCCAACGAUCCAGAGCCGACAUUCUACUUUCUGUUCCCACUGGCAGAUGGUAACCUAAAGCAAUUCUGGGAGAAGAAGCGCCACGAUGCGACAAGGGAAGAGCAUUGUGGUUGGAUGGUUGAGCAGUUUUACCUGCUUGCCAAGGCCCUGCAGUGCGUCCACAAUGAAAGGUCACUGAUGAUCACGUCAAAGAGAACUGAUUCCAACGUCUUUUGCCGGCAUGGAGACAUCAAACCAUCGAAUUUCCUGUUCUUUGAGGACUCUCAACCCAGCGGUCUGGGCAGGUUGGUUUUGGGUGACUUUGGGAUGGCUAGAAUUCACCGCAAAGGAUUCAGAUCAAGCCAGCCAGCAGGGGGCAGAAUGGCCACGAUUUCUUAUCAAGCACCUGAGUUUGGCAAAGAGGAUGUGGUAUCUCUCAAGACCGACAUCUUCAGUCUCGGAUGCGUUUAUUUAGAACACAUUACAUACCACGUGUCACAGUCCAAAGAUUCCGUGUGGCUCAAGGAGGGCGUCAAGCGUUGGAUCUGGGACCUGAAGCAGCACAAAGACUGCGUGGAAGUUGUAUAUGAUCUGUUGGAGAUCAUCAAGCACGACAUGCUCGAAGCAAACCACCAGAAAAGGAUCAACUCGGCAAUGUUGGCUACCGAAUUGGAGAAAGUGUGGACCAAGUGGCAACGUAAGGAUUCCCUGUACGGUGACAGGCACUGGAGAGAAAGUGAGAUUGGUUCCAAAGCAAUCAACAAGCCCGAUUCCAGUGCUAAAGUGCUUGCUAUUUCCAAAGAGCUCCUGUGGAAGCAAAAGGCUAACCGCGCGUCAAGACGGAAGAUCGCCGACAACACCACCCCAAAUGACCACGAGAACCUUCCGGUAAAGGAACCAACUACAGUCGAAAAUCCUUCUGGUCGCUCCGCCCUCGAAAGGGGCAAAACUUUCCACUGGACAAUGGAACCGGAACCGCAGUCUGAAGAUGAUACCGGCAGCGAUUGUGAACUUUCGGCAGAGAGGGCAGAGGAUAAUGAAGGAGAGCACAGGAAGAUGGGGGAGAAAAGCCCAACUCAAGAUCACGUUGUGUCACAUAAGGUAGCCAGUCCUCAAGCUGAGUCUCACACCGCUCCCACCGAAGCUGCUGCUUUCCUGGCAGUGGAACUCUAG